AUGGCUGUGUAUCGUGUGUGUGUGACCACUGGCCCCUACCUGGGGGCUGGCACUCUAGACAAUGUCUCUGUCACACUGGUGGGCACGUGCGGUGAGAGCCCCAAGCAGCUGCUGGAUCGUAUGGGCAGGGACUUUGCACCUGGAGCGGUGCAGAAGUACAAGGUGCGCUGCUCAGCAGAUCUGGGUGAGCUCCUGCUGCUGCGUCUACAUAAGGAGCGCUAUACUUUCUUCCCCAAAGACUCCUGGUACUGUAGCUACGUCUGUGUCACUGGCCCUGAUGGCACCGUAUCCCACUUCCCCUGCUAUCAGUGGAUUGAAGGCUACUGCACCACAGAGCUGAGGCCAGGAACAGCAAAAACUGUCUGUCAGGACUCCCUCCCGCUCCUCCUGGACCACAGGAGACGGGAACGCCAGGCCCGGCAGGACUGUUACCGCUGGAAAGUCUAUGCUCCUGGCUUCCCAGGCAUAGUGGAUGUCAGGAGCUUUGAUGAGAUGGAGUCAAACAGGAAAUUUGCUUUGACCAAGAUGACACGACCAUGUGCAGACCAGGCUGAGAGCAGUGGGAAUCGCUACCUGCCUGGCUUCCCCAUGAAAAUUGACAUCCCAUCUCUGCGGCACAUGGAGCCUAAUAUCCGCUACUCAGCCACCAAGACGACCUCACUGCUCUUGAAUGCCAUCCCUGCGUCCUUGGGCAUGAAGCUUCGAGGCCUCCUGGACCGCAGAGGCUCCUGGAAGAAGUUGGAUGACAUCCGGAAUAUCUUCUGGUGUCACAAGACCUUCACUUCAGAGUACGUCACUGAGCACUGGUGUGAGGACCACUUCUUUGGGUACCAGUACCUGAAUGGUGUCAAUCCCGUCAUGCUCCGUUGCCUCUCCAGUUUGCCAAGCAAGCUGCCUGUCACCAAUGACAUGGUGGCCCCUUUGCUGGGAUCAGAUACCUGUCUGCAGACAGAGCUAGAGAGGGGGAACGUCUUCCUCGCGGACUACUGGAUUCUGGCCGACGCCCCUGUCCACUGCCUGAACGGCCACCAGCAGUACGUGGCUGCCCCGCUCUGUCUGUUGUGGCUCAACCCCCAGGGGGCCCUGACGCCCUUAGCCAUCCAGCUGAGCCAGACUCCCGGCCCCGAGAGUCCCAUCUUCUUGCCCACCGACUGUGACUGGGACUGGCUGCUGGCCAAGACGUGGGUGCGCAAUUCUGAGUUCCUGGUGCAUGAGAACAACACGCACUUUCUGUGUACGCAUUUGCUGUGCGAGGCUUUCGCCAUGGCCACGCUGCGUCAGCUGCCCCUCUGCCAUCCUAUCUACAAGCUCCUGCUCCCCCACACUCGCUACACACUGCAAGUGAACACCAUCGCGCGGGCGACGCUGCUCAACCCUGAGGGCCUCGUGGACAAGGUCACGUCCAUCGGGAGGCAAGGUCUCCUCUACCUCAUGAGCACCGGCCUGGCCCACUUCACCUACACCAAUUUCUGCCUCCCAGAUAGCCUGCGAGAUCGCGGAGUCAUGGCCAUCCCUAACUACCAUUACCGGGACGACGGCCUCAAGAUCUGGGCAGCUAUUGAGAGCUUUGUCUUAGAAAUUGUGAGCUACUAUUAUCCCAGUGAUGCAUCUGUGCAACAGGACUCGGAGCUGCAGGCCUGGGUUGGCGAGAUUUUUACUCAGGCCUUCCUGAGCCGGGAAAGCUCAGGCUUUCCUAGCUGUCUGUGCACCCCAGCAGAGCUGGUGAAGUUCCUCACUGCAGUUAUUUUUAAUUGCUCUGCGCAGCAUGCUGCUGUCAACAGUGGACAGCACGACUUUGGGGCCUGGAUGCCCAAUGCUCCAUCAUCCAUGAGGCAGCCCCCACCCCAGACCAAGGGGACCACUACCCUGAAGAGUUACCUAGAAACGCUUCCGGAAGUGAAUAUCACCUGUAACAACCUUCUCCUCUUCUGGCUGGUCAGCCAAGAGCCCAAGGACCAGAGGCCCCUGGGCACCUACCCAGAUGAACACUUCACUGAGGAGGCCCCACGGCAGAGCAUUGCAGCCUUCCAGAGCCGCCUGGCCCAGAUCUCCAGGGACAUCCAGGAGCGGAACCAGAGCUUGCCACUGCCCUAUACCUACCUCGACCCUCCACUCAUAGAGAACAGUGUCUCCAUUUGACCUCUCAUUAGCUUGGGAAAAAAGGCCAAGGAGAAACACCAGCUUUUCGGGAUCCUCCAGGCCCAUCCAUCCUCCCUGCUAUCAUCAGACUGAACCUUCUCCUUUGCUCUUGGGACCUUUCCCUACCAAGAUAGUAACGGCUUCAUUAUUAUCUGAAUCUGGCCCUGAGCUGUGAGAAGUCAGAUAGCAGUAUCCAGG